AUGAGCCCUACGCAACCAAACCCCGCAGCCGCCUUGAGCGGUUCCGCCGAACCCCAGACCAAGCGGAUAUAUAUAUCCAACUUAGAUUUUAGCACCACGGAAGAAGAGCUGGAGCAGUUCUUGCAGGAGUUUCGUGUUGUUUCUGUACUGAUUCCUAGCCAGACCGUGCGUGGAUUUCGGAACAGCACAGUACGUCCAUUGGGAAUUGGCUAUGCAGACUUCGCAUCCGCCGCAGACGCGCUUCAAGCGGUAGAAAACCUCAACGGCAAACAGCUUCGGGAGCGCACGCUGAAGAUUAAAAUGUACGUCCCAUACUCGCCUCGUGCCCGCGCUGAGCGCAGGAAGGAGAAACGCAAGGUGCCGGCUCCGCAGGCGGAAGAAAACCCAGAUGCGGCGCCUCAAGACGCGCAGCAGCCACAACCUCCCGCCCCUGCAGAAGAGCCAACGUCGAAGGAUACUGUCUACUGUGCGUAUUUGCCCUCCAAGGUCACAGACGUGGAACUGCGCGAGUUUUUUGCGGACUACCAACCGCAGGACAUCUACGUCUACAGAACCAACGGCUCGCGACGCAAAGUGUACUUCCACCGCCGCUUCACAGCAGCACUUGUGACGCUUGGCGGGGAGGCCGAGCUUGCCAACGCGAUUGAGACUCUGGGGACCCGUCGUUUGAUGGGUAAGAAAAUAACUCUGAGGCCUGCGCGGCUGUCCAAGGUUGAGGAGGUUCAGCAUGCAGCUGCGAGAAAGCUUGAGCUCGAGCAGAUUCAACAGCAAACGCGGCAAAUCGCCGAGCACGCAAUGGCCAUGGAGGAACAUCGCCAGCAAGAGGCAGAGAUCCCCGCUGCGGAAACGCCCGACGACGUGGCCGCCACGGCGUAG